AUGGCACGCUGGAUCGCUUGUCUUUUCCUCCUCGUGGCGGUCGUUCAGGCCCGUCAUGAAAAAUAUGAGGGGCACCUGUUAUAUCGUGUAUGGGGGUCUUCACAGCAAGUUGCUUCCCUGGAAGCUAGUUUAGAUAUCUUGUCGGCAAAACCUGCAGCUAUAUCUGCCUCUGGUACACUGGAAGCUUUGAUUAGACUGUCUCCGGAGCAAAAGGAUCAAUGGACCACAUACUUCAAAAGCAAACAAAUGGGCUACAAGAUGGUCUCGAAUAACCUUGCUAGUAUUCUCCGAGUUGAAGAUUCAAUGAAUCGGAGAUCAAGACAGGAAGCUGAUAGUAGUAAUAGCACUAUUACCUGGGAUGCAUAUUACAACACUGAAGAGAUUAACAAAUACAUCGAUGAGAUUGGUGCUCAAUAUCCUGAGUUAGUUACAGUUAUCAACGCUGGUUUAAGUUACGAAGGUCGUCAAAUUAAGUACGUGAGGAUCUCUACGAGUCGCUUUGAAGAUCUCAAUAAGCCUGUUAUUGUUAUUGACGCAGCUGUACACGCUAGAGAGUGGGUCACAGCACCAGUUGCUUUAUACCUUAUCGAACAGCUGGUCAGUGGCGCUGACCCAGAACUAGUAAAUCGCCUUGACUGGAUCAUUAUUCCUAUGGUCAACCCAGAUGGUUACGAAUACACAAUAAAUGAGGAUCGUUUAUGGCGCAAAACUCGUUCUAAGGCUCACGAAGGUGCUGACGAAUGCCCCGGUGUUGAUGGUAAUCGCAACUACGACUUUUUCUGGGGUACCCGCGAAGCUUCAGCCGACCCCUGCUCUAUCAUAUAUGAAGGACCUACUCCUUUCUCUGAACCAGAAACCCGCAUUGUCAGGGAUGCCGUUUUAUCCAAUUUAGAACGUACUGCUCUAUAUAUAUCACUACACAGUUAUGGCAAUAUGUUCUUGUACUCUUGGGGAAAUGACGGUACGCUUCCACCAAAUGCUUUGGUGCUUCAUGUAGGUGGUAUUAGAAUGGCAACUGCGAUCGACAAGCUUAAGCUCGAUAAAGCCAAACCUUACAUUGUAGGCAACGCGGCCCAGGUCCUGUAUUACAGUACCGGCACCUCUCGGGACUGGACCCGGGGUGUGGGAAUUCCCCUGACUUACACCAUGGAACUUCCCGGAUAUGAAUAUGAUUUUGUUGUACCACCAACCUAUAUUAAGCAAAUUGUCACCGAAUCUUGGGCAGGCAUCGCUGAAGGAGCACAUUAUGUUCUAUACUUGUAUCAA